GCGUCGCCCGAGGAGCCGCUUGAUUGCCGACACGACCCGGGAGGAGGCAGCGAGCCAGCCGAGGCGAGAAGCCGAACAAAGCCCGUCGGCGCCGCUCCCCGACGAAGCGCCAGCAGGCGAAGCCGCCCGCCCCUAGCCGUGGCGAUGGAUGAUCAGCCCCGGUUGAUGCAUUCUCACGCCGGGGUGGGCAUGGCCGGCCACCCCGGGCUGUCCCAGCACAUGCAGGACGGAGCCGGCGGCACGGAGGGCGAGGGGGGCCGCAAGCAGGACAUUGGGGACAUUCUGCAGCAGAUCAUGACCAUCACGGACCAGAGUUUGGAUGAAGCGCAGGCCAGGAAACAUGCUUUAAACUGCCAUAGAAUGAAGCCGGCACUUUUUAACGUCUUGUGUGAAAUCAAAGAGAAAACAGUGUUGAGUAUUCGAGGGGCUCAAGAGGAAGAACCAACAGACCCACAGCUGAUGCGCCUGGACAACAUGCUCUUAGCAGAAGGGGUAGCGGGACCUGAGAAAGGAGGGGGUUCGGCAGCAGCGGCGGCGGCAGCGGCAGCAUCUGGGGGUGCUGGAUCAGACAAUUCUGUGGAGCAUUCUGACUACAGAGCAAAGCUUUCUCAGAUUCGACAGAUUUACCACACCGAGUUGGAGAAAUAUGAACAGGUACCAGCAUGCAACGAGUUUACCACCCACGUCAUGAAUCUGCUGCGGGAGCAAAGCAGGACCCGACCCAUCUCACCCAAGGAGAUAGAGCGAAUGGUCAGCAUCAUCCACCGCAAGUUCAGCUCCAUCCAGAUGCAACUCAAACAGAGCACGUGUGAAGCAGUCAUGAUCCUGCGCUCCCGAUUUCUCGAUGCGCGACGGAAGAGACGAAACUUCAACAAGCAAGCUACAGAAAUCCUCAAUGAGUAUUUCUAUUCCCACCUCAGCAACCCUUACCCCAGUGAGGAAGCCAAAGAGGAACUAGCCAAGAAAUGUGGCAUCACAGUCUCACAGGUAUCAAACUGGUUUGGAAAUAAGCGAAUCCGGUACAAGAAGAACAUAGGUAAAUUUCAAGAGGAAGCCAAUAUUUAUGCUGCCAAAACGGCUGUCACUGCUACAAAUGUGUCAGCUCAUGGAAGCCAAGCUAACUCACCCUCAACUCCCAAUUCAGCUGGUUCUUCCAGUUCUUUUAAUAUGUCAAACUCUGGAGAUUUGUUCAUGAGCGUGCAGUCACUCAAUGGGGAUUCUUACCAAGGGGCCCAGGUUGGAGCCAACGUGCAGUCACAGGUGGAUACCCUUCGCCAUGUUAUCAGCCAGACAGGAGGAUACAGUGAUGGGCUCGCAGCGAGUCAGAUGUAUAGUCCGCAGGGCAUCAGUGCUAAUGGAGGUUGGCAAGAUGCUACGACUCCUUCGUCAGUGACUUCCCCCACAGAAGGCCCUGGCAGCGUUCACUCUGAUACCUCCAACUGAUCUCCCCAGCAAUGCAGCAUUCCUUUCUUCCCCCCCACAUCCUGCAGCCAGGCAGAGGUGGGGGCCGAGAGGGGAAGGAUUUUCUCUCCUACUAUUUGAAGCCAUCGGGCUGGAUCCAGAACCGGUUGGCGAACACAAGAGUCUCCUUCUCUUCUCUCUGUUGGGAUGCUUUUUUCUUUCAGCCAAUCUGGACUCUUCUUUAUACUCUUUUCCCUUUCUUUUCUGGGUAGAAGCCACCUUUCACCACCACCACCACCUAAACGAAAGGAGAGGAAAAAAAACCACUUCUCAAAGUACUGGUUCAUUUUCAUGAAUUUUGUGUUUCUUUUGAGGAUCCGGUCUUGACAUCGCUUCAGUCUCCACCGGGCACCUGCCUCAUUCUGUUUCUCUGGUGUUCUCACUACCUCUUUGCAAGAGCCACCUAAGCCCCUCCCCCUGGCCGAUGAACACCGUCCCUUCACCGCUCUGUAAGGACAAAUCUUGAACCCUUGUGAGUUGCCUCCGGGAUGUUCGCUGUUACAGGCUGGAUAAAUGCAAUCCUGGUUCUGCAAGGUAUGUCCAUGACAUGCCCACCCCUUUCCCCCCCAUUGCCAAGAGGACCAGGAGAAUACUAGCAGAUCUACUCCUUGCCACCUUUCUCUGCCUUGCAUCAAGCCCCCCCAGUUGCAUCUUCUGCCACUUCUCACGGUUGCUGCUGCUCCACAGUUUCUCCCUCCAUAUCCUAAUUUGGCCUGCAAAUACUUCCGAACCAAGGAAGUGCUCGUCUGGUUCUUAGAAUGAAAUAAUGUGAAUGCAGUGCAUUUGGAUAGUAUGCUUCCUUUGCAUAAUUAUUUAUUGUUCUGCUAUCAGUGUCUUAAAAAGAGUUUGGGGAAAUGUUUGGAAUCAUCUGGAAAUGGUGUUUGAGGCUGGACCAUAAAAAGGACAGGGAAGCUGGCGAGAUUGGGGGGAAAGGUAAACCUCA